AUGAUGCCAUUCUUCCCAGGAAGACCACUCGCCAAUCACCAUCCUUUUGCGCUCCAACUUCUGUUAUCCACCUCGUUGUUGCUUUCUUUUUCUUAUUUUUCUGCUUCUGCAUUUGCUGCUGCUGCUACUUCUAGGAGUAGACAAGGACAAGAAGCGGAGGCACUUCUCAGAUGGAAGAACAGCCUUCAUGAUCCAACUCAUUCUCUGCUCGCAUCCUGGAAGCUUGACAAUUCCAACUUGCCAUCUAAUUCUUCUUCCAGCAGUCCCUGCAACUGGGUUGGAAUAGCUUGUGAUGAGUCAGGAAGUGUCACCCAUAUCAAUGUCAGCAGUUGCAAUUUAAGAGGUAUGCUCCGUAAUCUUGAUUUUUCUUGCUUCCCCAACCUACUUGAGCUUGAUCUCCACAACAACUCCCUCUAUGGAACCAUUCCAUCUCGUGUCAGUAACCUUUCAAAAUUGACAAGCCUUGACCUGAGUUACAAUGAUCUCUCUGGAAACAUACCAUCUGAGAUAGGCCUUCUCUCGAGUCUUGGCUUCUUUUAUCUGAACAAUAAUAACAUGAAUGGGUCUAUACCUAAGGAAAUAGGAAUGUUGAGGUCUCUUGAAUGGUUGACCGUUGGUGAGAAUUCUCUCUUAGGUUCCAUCCCUUUGUCGCUUGGAAAUUUGAGCAAGAUUUCAUAUCUAUGGCUUAAUGAAAACAGAUUUUCUGGAUUCAUCCCCCGGGAAGUAGGAAAGCUUAAAUCACUCAUUGACCUUUCUUUGCAGCGCAACAUUAUAACAGGUUCUAUACCUGCAUCCCUUGGGAAUUUAAGCAACUUGAAUAUCUUAAAUAUCUUUCAGAAUAGAAUUUUUGGAUCCAUUCCAUCCCAUCUAAGUCUUCUUUCAAAACUAACACAGAUUGCCUUGAGCUCCAACAAUAUAUCUGGAACCAUUCCACCCCCCAUCAGCAAUCUCUCAAAUCUCAUAUAUCUUGACUUGAGUUCCAACAAUCUCUCUGGAACUAUUCCUCCACCCAUCAGCAAUCUUUCAAAUCUCAUACGCCUUGACUUUAGUUCCAAUGAUAUAUAUGGUAAUAUUCCAUCUGAGGUAGGCCUGCUCUCAAAUCUUCGCUACUUAAAUGUGCAGAAGAAUAAGAUAAAUGGCUCUAUCCCUCAGGAAAUUGGAAUGUUAAGGUCUCUUGAUCAGCUAAUUUGUGGAAAGAAUUUUCUUUCGGGCUCUAUCCCUUUGUCUAUAGCAAAUUGGAGAAAUCUUUCACAUCUAUGGCUUAAUGAAAACAUGCUUUCUGGAUCCAUCCCUCAAGAGGUAGGAAUGCUUAAAUCACUAACUGACCUUUCUCUACAAAGAAACAUCCUAACAGGUCCGAUACCCGCUUCCAUUGGAAAUUUAAGCAACUUGAAUAUCAUAAAUCUAUUCGAGAAUGGACUUUCAGGACCUAUACCCCACGAAAUAGGAAAACUCAGAUCCCUUGGUCAGCUGAGUCUUAACAAUAAUAAACUUAGUGGCCAGAUCCCUCAAGAGCUGAAUAAUCUUACAUCUUUAAAAUUUUUGGGAUUGAGUUACAACAAUUUGUCUGGCUGCCUACCUCCAGAUAUAUGCCUCGGAGGAAAGCUUAGGAUUUUGACCGCAAAUGAAAACAGUAUCAGAGGUUCCAUUCCCAAGAGUUUGAAGAACUGCACUAGUUUGGUCAGGGUAAGGCUGGAAUGGAAUCAACUUGAAGGAAACAUAUCAGAAGAUUUUGGCGUAUAUCCGCAGUUAAAUUAA